AUGCAUGCCGCGUCUCCCUUACCCCACUAUAUAAAGCAACUGCUGAAGACCGCUAAAAAGCAUAAGGCCUCUUUCGGCGCAAUAAACCUAAGCAAUGAACUGAAAACCAAACUUCCUGUUUGGUACCAUAUCAGCGCAACAAAGCAGCUAAGACGUCUAGACAAUACGACACUCAGCAAAUGUUUGCGACAUAACCACCGAGUCCUACUCGUAUCGGACAUCAUGUCGCUGGCUAGACAUGACUUCGUCCCGGUCCUCUCAUCUGACUCCUCGGUAUGCUCAUGCGUACCAUGCAAAGAAGCUGAGGCAAAAGGAUGUCAUAAUCCACUUAAUUGUGUAGAAGCGGCACGAUGUCUACUCACCUCUCUCAACGACAAAUGGAAUCCGACGAUAGACCAUACCCCCGACGGCCUCACGCUCACUCAACAUAGACACGAAACCAACAGUGCCGCCUUCAAAAAGAAGGAUGGAGAAGCAAUAUUCAACCCCUCCGUCACUGAACGUGGAGGUAUAUCCGAAGUAUUCCGCGUAUUC